AUGUUCACCAUCACCAAAGUCAUCGUCGCUUCGCUCGCUCUCGGUGCCGUCCAGGCCCUUCCUCAGCGUCUUGGGGCAAGGCAAGAUAUGGUCGCUAGUGCCAGCUCUGCUGCCCCAGCAGCACCAUCUUCAACCCCUGACAUCUUUGACGAUCUCCUGACAGCUCCUACGGCUAUCAAACGUUUCCAGAGGCUCCUGACUACCGGUCCGUCGAACGAUGCGGAGCUCCUCACUGGGGAUGCUCUCCGCAAUGCGACCGUCUUUACCUUUACUAAGCCUGCCAAAAAGAGCACACCGGGUGGUACAGCGGUUGCAGCUAACAUCGGUACCUUUCCAAUUCUUACUGGCCUUGGUAUCAGCACCACUGUAGGCUUCCUUGAGCCCUGUGGUAUCAACUCUCCUCACGUGCACCCACGAGCCACCGAGUUCCUCACCCUAGUCGAAGGCGAGAAUCUCGAGUUUGGCUACGUUCUAGAGAACCAGGUCGUUGGGCCUAUGAAGAACCCGGAGAUCGCUGGGUACCUCAAGAAGUUUCAAGGCACUGUAUUUCCCCAAGGCUCUAUCCAUUACCAGUUCAACAACGACUGCAAAGACGCAACGUUUGUUGCGACUCUCAACUCAGAGGACCCUGGUACCAGUCAAAUUGCGCAGAACUUCUUUGCCCUUAACCCCCAGGUGCUUGACGCUACCCUGAACGCCACACAAAUCAACGGCAAGGACAUCGAUAAGUUCGCCAAGACCCUUCCGGCAAACCUCGUCCAGGAUGUCAAGGUCUGCUUGGCCAGGUGUGGGCUCUAA